AAGAAGAAUGAUUUGAGGCGUGAUUUGUUGUCACUCCUUUGGUGAAUAGUCGCCAGCAUUUCCAUUUCAAUUUCCUUCCUCGUACACGCACUCUCGCUCUUUCUUCUUCUUCUUUUCUUCCUUCAAACUACAUUUUUGUUUUUCAAUCACAAAUAAACUUACUUCACUUACUUCCUUUUAACCCAUUUUAAUUUUCGAUCUAUAAUCAAAAACAGCGACACCCCUUUUGAUCCACAGUAAUGGGUGCCGCCGACGAAGAAUAUGAUUACUUGUUCAAGUUGGUUUUGAUCGGUGACUCCGGUGUUGGAAAGUCCAACCUUUUGUCUAGAUUCACCCGAAAUGAAUUCAACUUGGAAUCCAAAUCCACCAUCGGCGUUGAAUUCGCUACUCGCAGUGUUCGUAUUCUUGACAAACUUGUCAAAGCCCAGAUUUGGGACACUGCUGGUCAAGAAAGAUAUCGUGCAAUCACAAGUGCUUACUACCGUGGAGCCGUUGGUGCACUGCUUGUGUACGAUACUACAAGGCACGUGACAUUUGAAAACGUGGAAAGAUGGUUGAAGGAGCUUCGAGAUCACACCGAUGCCUACGUGGUAAUCAUGCUUGUAGGAAACAAAGCAGAUCUUCGACACUUGCUUGCUGUGUCCACGGAAGAAGCCACUGCAUUUGCAGAGAAAGAAAACAUAUAUUUCAUGGAAACCUCUGCGCUUGAGUCAUUGAAUGUGGACAAUGCUUUUGUUGAAGUGCUCACUCAAAUAUACAAUGUUGUGAGUAGGAAGACACUUGAGAAAACGAAUGACUCUGCAUCUUUGUCUAAGGGAGAGACCAUCAAUAUUGGUAGUAAAGAUGAUGUUUCUGAGUUUAAGAAGAGUGGAUGCUGCAGCACUGCAUAGUUUGAAUUGAAAGAUAUAUACAUUAGAAGAGGAAGAUCUUAGUUACAGAGCAAAAUAGAAUGCUGAUGAUUCAACUAAACUUUUAUCAUUUUGGGAUCCAUAUGAAAUGUUCUGAUAUUUGAUACCUUUUUUUUACCAGUCAACAUUUUACAUUUCUCCUAUUUGUUGUGGGAUGUUCAUUAUUUUGUGGUGUGUUUUUGUUUGCUGAGAUAUAGGAUUUUGUCUCAUGGGCCCAUUAUUGUUAUAAUUCAGGUGUUGUUACAUUCAAAUUUCUACCUUGAUGUGUCUUUUGGCUUGUGUGGCAAUAUGGUGAACUCUCAUGAGUCAUGUCAUGUUAGUGUAAAAUUAAUGUGAAAAUGAGACAUUUAGUGUCA